UUAAUUUCAAUGACAAUCUUGCCGGAACCCGGAAAGGAAAGGAAAGGAAAGAACCGGCGUCGCGUGUUAUCGUCAAGCGCCUGUGCCAUCUUUACCUCUAUCACCAUUAUUCAUUCUCUUCUCUCAACUCAGUGCAGAUGCCAGGCGGCUCUACAAAUCCUAUCAGCCUGACGGGCUUCGUUGAGAAGGUGUCGGAGACUGUACAUAAAGCCAAAACUCAUAUGCACGAGAACGCUCAUGAUCUUGCCCAAGUCACGAAACAGAAAGAGGAGGCCAAGUUGAAUGGACCUUGUGUGGACGUGAUAAUCACGUUUAUUAGUGCCUCUGGAAUACCCAAACUCGACGUUGUUGGGGCUUCAGAUCCUUAUUUUGUGGCCAAACUGGAUGAUCGGGUCUCAAUGGUAUCAACCGUGAAGACUAAAUCGCUCGCUCCCGAGUGGAAUGAAUUAUGGCGAGUGAAGAACGUACCGACGACUUCGGAAUUGCGAGUAGAAAUUCUCGAUAAGGAUACCGAUACUCCUCACGAUGACUACAUCGGGAAGUUUAAGACAACCAUAGAGGCAGGAGAGAAAGAGAUUGAUAUUCAAGGGCCGUUGUUCAGAAAGGAUAGAGGGACUUUCAAGCUGAAGAUUGAGACAGCACCCUCUACCGAUCCCGCUGAACCCAAAUAUCUUUUCGAUGGUCCCAUUCGCUACUCGCGCCAUUUUUCACCGCUAGUUGGAAAACUUACCGAUCUGGAUGAUGCCCGUCUUUACUCCACCUGGAAGAUGUACCUUAUCGAUGUGCCUGUUUACUUCAAAGACGUAUACCAGCACUGGAACGUCAAGUACAAGGCAGCGCAGAGUAUCUUUGGGUCCGGACCCACGUCACUCGCAAUUCGGGCGGGUAUACAUGCUGGGCACAAGAUGCUGUAUGCGCGCAGCACGUCUAAUGGGUUUGGAGUCAUCCAGUCUGUUGACGAUGUGAUGAGACUGUUCGAGGGUGGCAGUCUCGACCCGAAAGGCAUCCUUGGAAGUGAACGAGAAGAUUUGUCUCAAGAGGAACAGAGGCAACUGGAGGUUGCGGAGGAGGUCGAUGCGACUGCUGCUCCUACUAAAGAGAGCCCGUUUGCUCGUCGUAUCAAACCUGCUGUCUACACAUACAUCAUCUCGGCUCAAGACGAUUCUCUUCGAUUUUCUGAAACGGGCGCAGCGUUUUUCGUCGACUUUGCCUCCAAGCAUGCGCUACAUGCCAACUGUGCUGAACAAGUCCGCUAUUCCGGCGAAUUUCACCUGAGACCACGAGCCAAAGACCAUUCUUCCUGGUGUGGCUGGCAGGAUUUCAAUGACUCGAUGCCUGAUGAUUCUGUAGAUUGGGAGGUGGUGAUCGACAAUAAUUCUGGGACGUACGCUCCAGAUAAAGCAAUGUUGCCUACCCUGAGGGAUUUGAUUGAUUGCAAUUUUCCUGGGUUGGAUGUGGUGGCACUGGAUCGGGAGGAUGAGGAACUGAAGAAGAGUGUGGAUGCAUGUCAGGAGUAUGCGUUAAAAUACAGGGGAGUGAAGUCGGAGCAUUUGCAACCACAUCAACAGGAGGGUCAUAGAUCGUUGUUGAAGCCAUUGGGUGCUGUUAUGGGAAAGGUUGCACAUCUUCAAAGAGGAAACAAGGAAGAGGCCUAGGUUAUCUAUCAU